GUAGAGGAUUUGUGCAAACACUUCCUCUCUGGACAAGGAGGAAUUGCAGGAGGAGGCUGCCUGUGGUACAUCUUGGACUGUUGGAGGGAUGUGUCCGCACUUGUGAAAGGGUGCCAGGAGGAUGAGGCCCCAGCUGAGCCGGGCAGGGCCGGGGAGAGGCAGCCCGGGGUCCUUGCCUGGGGUCCGAGUCCUGCCUAUGAGCAUCUCUGCUGCGGGGGGCACCGGCUCCCUCCUUUCCCAUGGAAAGCACUUGCUCUGGGCCCCUGGGAGGCCCUUCCUCACCCUGGUGCUGCUGGUUUUCAUCAAGCAAGCCACAGGAUCUCUCCUUGAGGAGACAACUCGGAAGUGGGCUCAGUACAAAGAGGAGUGUCUAAAAGACUUACUUAAGAAACCUUCUGGCAUAUUUUGUAAUGGAACCUUUGAUCAGUAUGUGUGCUGGCCUCAUUCUUCUCCUGGAAAUGUCUCCGUUCCCUGCCCAUCAUACCUACCUUGGUGGAAUGAAGAGAGCUCAGGAAGAGCCUACAGACACUGCUUGGCUCGGGGAACUUGGCAGACCCUAGUGAACACCACAGAUAUUUGGCAGGAUGACUCCGAAUGCUCCGAGAACCACAGCUUCAAACAAAACGUGGAGAAUUACGCCUUGCUGUCCACUCUGCAGCUGAUGUACACGGUGGGAUACUCCCUCUCCCUUAUCUCCCUCUUCCUGGCUCUCACCCUCCUUUUGUUCCUUCGAAAGCUCCACUGUACACGCAACUACAUCCACAUGAACUUGUUUGCUUCAUUCAUCCUGAAAGCCCUGGCUGUGCUGGUGAAGGAUGUUGUCUUCUAUAACUCUUACUCCAAGAGGCCAGACAGUGAGAGUGGAUGGAUGUCCUAUCUGUCAGAGAUGUCCACCUCCUGCCGCUCUGUCCAGGUUUUCCUGCACUACUGCGUGGGUGCCAACCACUUAUGGCUGCUGGUCGAAGGUCUUUACCUCCAUGCACUGUUGGAGCCCACGGUGCUUCCUGAAAGGCGGCUGUGGCCCAGAUACCUGGUGGUGGGUUGGGCCUUCCCUGUGCUGUUUGUGGUGCCCUGGGGUUUUGCCCGUGCACACCUGGAGAACACGGGAUGCUGGGCAACAAAUGGAAAUAAGAAAAUCUGGUGGAUCAUCCGAGGACCCAUGAUGCUUUGUGUAAUGGUUAAUUUCUUCAUCUUCCUGAAAAUUCUCAGGCUUCUCAUUUCUAAGCUGAAAGCUCAUCAAAUGUGCUUCAGAGAUUAUAAAUACAGACUGGCAAAAUCAACACUGGUCCUCAUUCCUUUACUGGGUGUCCACGAGAUCCUCUUCUCUUUCAUCACUGAUGACCAAAUCCAAGGAUUUUCAAAACUCAUGCGACUCUUCGUUCAAUUGACAUUGAGCUCCUUCCACGGGUUCCUCGUGGCCUUGCAGUACGGCUUUGUCAAUGGAGAGGUGAAGGCUGAACUGCGGAAGUUCUGGGCCCGCUUCUUGCUCGACAACCACUCAGGCUGUGGAGCCUGGGUCCUGGGGAAGAACUUCCGGUUCCUGGGGAAAUGUCCCAAGAAUCUCUCAGAUGGAGAUGGUGCCGAGACGCUUCGGAAGCUGAAGACCUCUCCUGACGGCUCACACCUGGCCACACGGGGCCGGGGGGAGCUGGGUGCCCAUCCUCACCGGGGCCACACAGCCUGGCCCCGUGGCAGCAGCCUGUCGGAGAGCAGUGAGGGGGACUUCACCCUGGCCAACACCAUGGAGGAGAUUCUGGAAGAGAGUGAGAUCUAGCACCGUGGACCCCAGAUCUGCAAUCUGGGGACUCCCAAGAGAGCUGAGGAUGAGGCAGGAUGGAGCAGAUCAUUCUUUCCCUGUACACUAUGCCCACUCAGACAUGAAGUCAGUCUUCAGGUUCUUCAAACUUUGCAUACAUGAAGCUGUGUAAUGCUCAGAGAGCUUCUGCCUGUCCUUGUCACCCUAGUUAUCCCCACUGGUGUAUUUCCCAGAAUGACCACCAGUCCCUGGGGCUUGGCCCAGAAUUCAAGUGAACAGAAGAACCCCAGGAUGAAGAGAAGAGAAUUCUCUUGUUUAAAAAAAGAGUCUAGUCAAUAUCUCUUCCUUUUCUCCUCCCAGCACUUGAUUUUCAUCUGAGAUUGGUUUUAGGGCACAUAGGAACCCCGCCCCCCACGCCAGGAAGCUUUUAAAAUGCUGAAUCCUAGGCUCAUCACUGAGAUUCUAAAAGCGUGAGGAUAGUCAGGAAUGGAACUAGCAAGCAUCCCAGCUAAUUCAGAUGCAAGUUCACUCUGGGAAAAUACUGGGCAGGGGGAGAGAGCGCCAGAAGACCCCAGGCAUGGCCCCCAGCAGGGUGAAGUGAGGCGUUCUGCAUCCACAGUUCAGCUGGGAUGCACCUGCCCUCCUUGGUAUGAGCCCACGUUGGCCCCCAGCCUUCACUUCCUCCUUGAUUCUUUCCUCUUUCUCAUCUGUAGAGUCUUGUCUCCCUCUUUCCCUCUCACUUCUCCCUCUGUGGUCAGCACAAGUUCCCCUGGAGCUGUUACAAUCCCAGCUCUCCUCAGACAGUUGAUCCCAGUUCCCAGGGACCUUCUGAAUAUCUCCCCUGGUUUUCUUCUGUCCUUUCUGGCUCCACCUGGUUUUCUGACGUGCUCUACAUUGGGGCUGGAAAUGCCUUUCCACAUUUGCUUUGCCAAUGGAUGCCUUAGUGGCCAGGCCUCCUGCCCUGGGGGGCUUAUUGCUAUUCUUCCUGACCCCAGUCCCUACUGAUAAGGAUUCUCCUCCCCAGAUGGAUGCCGAAAGUCAGAGGGGACCCAGGUAAAGCAAAAGGACUAGUUGAAUCUUGGAUAUGUGGUGAGUGACACAGAGAGCUGAGAGGCCCAGGGCUCUGCAUUGGCUGUCACUGUGGAACCUGUCCUGCUGAUGGGAACCUAAUCUAUGGGGGGCCAGGAGAGACAGGAAGUUGAGGUCAGGCUCAGUGUCUGAAAUGAAAAUGCCAGAUGGUGAAUGAAGACCAAGGGAGGAAAAGUCUCUGGACACAUUGGGCUGAUGUCCAGGAGUGUCACUCACAUAGUGUGUACAAAGUACGUGUGUGGGGGUGGGGCAUGUUGAUGUGGAACCAAACACCAUUGUGGGGGGUGCCUGGUGAGACUUUCUCAAGUGGGGCUGCCGGUUUAACAAAUAAAAAUACAUGAUACACUAUUACAUUUGAAUUUCAGACAAUCAAAUAAUCUUCACAUGGAAGUACAGCCCCUGGGACCUCCUUCAUCUGAAAUUCGAAUCUGACUGUCCAUCCUGUCUUUUAGCUGGCAACUCUGUUUUCAAGGGUCCUUUGCAGCAGGGCCGGGGUGAGGGCAAUUGUAACUACUCACAUCUAAAAAACUCAGUAGUCGAAAAAAAUCAUACUUGAAUGCAGUCUGAUUUAAUCUAAAAAUUAAAUGAAGUAUUUCAUUUGAAAAUUAAAUCCACAAACUAAAGCCCAUGGGACAUUUUUUAAAAUAAAGUUUUAUUGGCACAAGGGCCGAAAUGGCAAGGGAAUCCAACUCCUGCGAAUGUAAGCUCUGACCUUGACUUUAUCUGAAAUGUUAAUAUUUUGUUGAUCUGGGACUUUCUAACACUAAUUUUGAUUUUUAAACGAUUGCAUUGAAGUAUGACUUAUCUUGACUAUGGAGACUUUGGCUGCCCCCUUAAAUUUUAUACUGCUCUCAUUCCUAGCUUCCAGGAUGGGAACAGAAAUGGAGGUAUUAGGCAAGUGCAUAAUGAAGCAAAGGUUUAUUUUCCAGUGUCUAGAUUAUCCAUAGUUCAAUUAUUAAAACACAUAGUUUUCCCUUCUUUGUAAAUGUCCCUGCCUGGGCUCCUUAGCCAAUCAGCUUUUGAUAAACUCUGGGCCAUCUAAUUCCCAUCAAGUCCCCGGCCUGGAGUGCGUUCAGAGCAGGUGCUCUUCACACACCGGUCAAGAGAGACAGGAUGGAACUUCCUCAGGGAGCAUUGAAUGCUUCCAGGAGUAAAUUAUUUAAGAUCCUGCCACCAAUAGGAGAAGCAUUUUUCUUCCAAAGCCUUUGUAAAAAUGUCCUCCGCUCCUCCCUGCACAAUGCCGUGGUCU